AUGUGCCUAGUUCCAAAAGACGCGCCACCCCCCUCCCUCGGACACUCUGUCGAUUACUAUAGCAAGCACAUGAUGGCUUCCAAUCCAAACCCCCAGCCUAAAAAACGAGAGUCUCGUGCUGGGACGCGAAAGGUGACGUCUCUCUCGGCAGAACAACUCGAAAGGAAGCGCGCCAACGAUCGGGAGGCCCAAAGGACUAUUCGUCAGCGGACAAAGGAGCACAUCGAACGUCUGGAGCACCAAGUAGCGGAGUUAAAAUCAAAAGGGGAACAAUAUGACCAUGUCGUCCGAAGAAAUACUGCUUUAGAAAACGAGAUCAGGGCUUUAAAGCAACAACUAGCCUUGGUAAGAAGCGGACAAGCCUAUUCAAGCCCAGGCGAGGGCUCAUACAAUACCCCUUCUGGGCCAGUACUUCCUUCUCAAUUCACAGAGCCCUUGAGUGUAAAUCCAGUUUCCAGGACUCCGUCGGCUCUUUCAACCUCCAGUCAAGUCUCCGUUGUGCCUGACUGGCAACAGUACGGUUCCACAGGGUCACCAUCUAUCUGUGAAUCGUCGGAUGCAGAUUAUACGAACAGGGUAGAACCUUUUAUAUUCGAAGGCCAGUUACAAACGUCGAAUCCGAUGCCUGUUGCAGCACCCCAAGCUAGCUUCAAUACCCCCACCGGCCAUCCUGCUGAGCCCGGUUUCCACUCAUAUUCACACUUGUACCCAGGAGGGGGUCCCAACCAAGUGCGCCGAGGGGAGCAUCCGCACAACCCUCAACACGUGCAAUGUGCGACAAGUCAACGCUCAAUGUCUGUGCCAACUAUACCGUCAGAACGGGAACUUCGUGGAUACCCAGUGAUUCACGCCGCGCAACAAAACCGAUCAGUCGCCCACCUGACGGAAAUGAUUAAUGAUGAUAACUACCGAACCAUAUACGUUACGAAGUUUUGCAAUGAAUAUGUUCUGUGUUGCAGUGAAUGGCUCUUGGGCAUGCAUGAUACCUCGAAUACGUACUAG